AUGUCAACAACUGACUUCUCCGCGUGUCAGAAUCUGACGGUGAAGAACCCGGGUGCGCGGCGCACCCGGGUGCGCUCUUCCUUUUUGCGUAUAAGAUCUCCAGUACCUUACAAAUGGAGAAACCGUGUGAAGAAAUCGAAACUCGGGGACGGGAUGAACUUUGCAUAUGGAGGAACUGGUGUUUUCGAGACACUGGUCAGUGCACCAAACAUGACUACCCAAAUUGAUUUUCUCCAACAACUAGUCGAAGAAAAAUUGUAUACCAAAAGUGACUUGGACUUGUCCAUCGCUUUAGUAUCAGUAGCUGGAAACGACUAUGCUGCUUAUUUUCUUAAAGGAAACCACAGUCAGGAUUUGCCAGCGGUGUCGACAUCGAUUGUUAACCAGCUUGUGGUGAACAUAAAACGUAUAAAUGAUUUGGGAGUGAAAAAAAUAUUGGUUACAGCAAUAGAGCCCAUGGGAUGUUUGCCAGCCGUAACUUCCAUAGUUUCUUCGUAUCAGAAUUGCAGUGAAACUAUGAACGCAGGUUCAAGAUUCCACAACCAGAUUUUGUACAAAAAGGUUGAAGAGUUAAAGAAGAAUCAGACAACUAAGGCAUCUACCAUUGUAAUCUUGGAUCUCUAUAACGCAUUUUUAUCUGCAAUUCAACAACAAAAACACCUGGAACAAGAUGCAGGAAAUUCGACAACACGAGAGAAUCCACUGAUGCCAUGCUGUGUUGGGGUGAGCAGCGAAUACUCGUGUGGGAGUGUGGACGAGAGAAGUGGAGCAAACAAGUACACAGUGUGCAGUAAUCCCGGGAGGUCUUUCUUUUGGGACCAGGAGCACCCUUCGCAGAAUGGCUGGCGUGCUGUUUAUUCUGCAAUCAAGUCUUCUCUACUUCCAUUGUCCAUUAAUAUCAAUAAUAUGUAA